AUGACCUCCAUUUCCACUUCCGUUGCGGGCCUACCCCUCGAGCAACUUACACUCUACCAUGCCGUGGAUCCUAUUCUCUCGUCAGUUCUCAUAUUCCACGGUCCUGUCGUAACAGCCAAUUCCACUGUUCGGAGCUCGCGUUUCCAAGCACACAUUAUCGCGCCUGGUGGGGUCCAGAGCUACCCUCGACUUACAAUAUCUCCAGCAGGCCCGCUUUAUGCUGCAGUCAACCACCUUCCACUAGACAAGCAAGGCGAUGAAAUUUGCAGAGGGUUAGCUGUUUGUCUUUUGAAAUAUUUUAGCGACCUCUCUGAGCCGGUCAGAUAUGUACUGCUAGGCACUGCGCGAUCUGGAAAUCUGGCCGCGCGAUUGCCAAACGCCUUCGACGAAUUUCAUGCUGCGGAGUUAGCGAAUAAAAUGGCGAAGGUAGAGGACCCUACAGAUGCCAUCCGCGAUCUCAGAGACGCAUAUAGUGACAGAAUUGUCCCAUGGAUUGAUGUGGAUCUUGUUUUACCCCCUGGUGCCAUCGCAAUCGCCAAUGGUUCCCGCAAUUCCGACGUUGAAGUCGAAUCCCAAGGAGAUCUCACGAGCCAAUAUGGAAAGUAUAGUUCACUGGUUGAAAAUCUUGGCGACCCGGUAUUCUUACCUAGUUCGAAACUGCGGCGAGCCCCUUCUCAACCCUUAAACGCGAGAAAAUCAAAAUUGUUCUCUGCCGCCCAAAAAGAGGCUCUCCGAUUAGCCAUGUGUGAAGCUGUAGAUACUGAGGAAAGAUACGUUGGAAAAAUGUACGACUUGGUACAUAAUAUCAUUCAAAGAUUUUCCCAGAAAGCUGCCGAUAAGCCACCAACAAGUACAAGCCCUGAUGAGACUGCACUGAAGCAGCUUUUUCCUCCCUGCCUGAAAGAAAUCCUUGAGGUUAACAUGGGGUUCUUGGCCGAAAUCCGCGAGAUACUCGAACAGACGGAGAAAGAUGCUCUUGAAGAUCUGUCAGGAGACACGCACAUCGACUCGUCGUCAUUUCGCAGGGACGCUGCAGGAAGGAGAAGUGAUCCCAUAGGCAUUAUCAAGUUUGCCCAUGCCCUCCUAGAAUGGUUCCCAAAAUUCUCCAACCCAUAUGGAGAUUACAUGCACGCUCACCAUGGCUUCUCUCAAACUUUGAGUUCCUUUCUCAAUGAUAACCAAUCAAGUUUCUCUAAGAGAGUAUACGAGACUGGAGAGCAGAAGAUGCGCUCAGUAUUAAUGGAACCCGUUCAGCGCCUCCCUAGAUAUAGCCUUCUUAUCGAUGCUAUGACUAGUGCACUUCCCUCUGUCCACCCAGCUGUUAAAACACUCCUUAAGGCUCGCGAUAUUAUCACAGAAAUUUGCUCGCUAGAUUCACAUUCUGCAAAGGACAAUUCCCGAGAUCUGAAACGACUCCAGCGACUAGUUGAAGACUUUCCUGCCGCCAGCAUGCCUUCUGGAAGAUUGAUUACCGCGGUUGAUUUCUAUGACUUACCACCGCCUUAUCAUCUGCGCUCACCUAAAGAAAGUUUAGAUUCAGGGAUUCUGUUGCUUUAUGGAGACUACUUGAUCUUGCUAUCUAAAGCAUUUGAAAGCAGAAUGACCGCUCGUGGUCUUUAUGCUGAGCUCGACAAACCUCCUGUUGUCCCCUAUGAUGAGGGACCGGCGCCUUUCGAACUUAAAUUUUUACAAGCACUGCGGAUAACUAACCUCCGCUGCUCCCAAUCGAAUGAGCGUUCUCGCUCUGCAUCCGCGAUGCACGCUUUAGAACUCUUGUCAAACUAUGAGGGUAAAGCUGGGCGUUUGAUUGAAGAAAUCACCAAGGCCCGAAUCGAAGGACGGUUCUCAGAGGACUACAUUCUGGAGCACGCAAAAUCGGGGCGAGGAUUUAGACCUCCUUCCCCAUCUAAACUUCUAUCAAACUUUUGGAACGGCAGUCCGAAAGGCUCGUUACCACCUCCCAGAUCACUUUUUCCUGCCCCUAUUCUACGAGAAAUUCCGCAAAUCCUUCCUCCAGCAUUAGACCACUCCAAUACCCUGGCCACUCCUCCCAAAACGGGGAACGGCGGCACCCUAAUCGGAGAUGCUGGAAAGAUUCAGCUGGCUGCCGAAUCUCCAGUUGACGUUUUGUUUGUGGCAUUUGAAACCUUCAUGGCGAAUUCCUGGAACGAACAUAUUGGCCCCAUAAUUCCUCCAGACGCGUGGGAGCCCAUACAGUCCAAGUUUGAUUCAAUGUCUCCCGGAGGUUUUGAAAAUUAUUUCCACCAGUUCCUGACAGAAAUGAGUCCUCAGAAUCGCCGAGCUCUCACAGUGCUGGUGAAAUUGCUCGCUGAGCUGCUUGAUGCUUCUGGUAAUGAUGGUGAUCGCGGUGCUCUUACAGCAACUUUCUCUGAAAUUUUGACUGAUAAGGGAAACGCCAUGGAGCAUAUUUCGCUCCUUGAUCGUCUUGUCGAGGAUUUUGACCGGUUAUUUGAUGAAAGCAGCACUCCCGGUGCGCCGAUUGAAGGGAUUCUAUUAAAUGACCAUGCGAGCCCGUUUUCCAGGGCUCACUCUAUGAAUAACGGAUCGACAAACCAUGGGUCCAUAAGCUCGAACACAUCUUCUCUUCGAAAGAGGUUUGGCUUUGGGAGUACUCGAGACCGUGGUAAAUCAGAGAGCGAAGGAAAAGUUAGUUCUAUAAUUCGAACACUUAGCAAAUCCAAAGCACACGGAGAAACAGACUCUCAGCCAUCAAGUUUUUCAAAGGCAUCUAUUUUUCGAUCUAGAUCUAUCGACAUCGACUCGCGCUUAAACAGUUUGUUGCGACCUGUGUCACGGGAACGCCUUCUCGCACAUGGCAUUUUUUCUGCAUCCGCAGAGGAUCAGUCAUUACGCCCAAACAGUGCUCACAGCAAUGCUCCUACACUUGCAUCUAUUGGUGAGCAUCCCACCACGGAUAAACCUGUAACGAUAAGGAAAAAGAGGCGAAGCUCGUUGUCUGAUUUGAAAGCUUUGCCUGCCACAAAUGUUUCAACUUUGCUGCCUCCAAUUGAUUUGAGGCGCCCGCUUACUCCGGCUUCCCCUCCGAAUGCCACAACCUCACUGGAUCCUUCGUCUCCGCUUCAGCAGGCCGAUAAGACUGGACCGCAAACUUUGAAAAAGAUAGUUCCUGCAACUUCGUCUCCUUCACGACCCCUAGUAUCAUCUAGUAAAGAGAAUGCUCCCCCGACACCGAGAACUACGCUCGGGAAUAAAGUCUCAAAUAGAAAGUCAAACUCAGCCAUUCCACUCCCAGCUCAGCCCCAAAACGACGUUCGGAAGGCCUAUCCUUUAUUCCAUCUCCUAGAAAACAAUAUAUGCAAGGAUCGAGUUGUUUUACCCAACCCGACGGAUAUGUAUAACGGGAGACCUCAGUCAUCUUCAUCGAUUCCUCGAACCCCAAAACUGCGAAUGCAAAAUCCCCAAAAGUUACGCGAACGUCUUCAGAAUGAGAAAAAAGCUAUUGCAAGUGCGGAAUCUGCCAUAAAAGCUGAAAUUUCUUCGCUGGCAGAUGAAAUAUCUACCCCCAGACUCUCUCCGGUAAGGCGACGACCAGGAACUCCAAGAACGCUCGCGUCAUCCCCGCCGACUUCGAGCUCCACCACAACUCUCCACAGUCGUUCCCGUUCAAUCGAGGCCAAGGUUAAUACUCUGUUAUCAGAAUUGUCAUCAAGAACAAGUGCCCUCGAGAAAGAUAUUGAAGACUCGCUCCUUGUGAGCGAAAGGAGGGCUAAGAAACUUGACGAACUCUAUCGAGAAGCAAGCGCAGAGAACAGCGCCCUUUAUGAACGAUUCAAUGUUGAACUUAGUAAAGUAACUAAGGAAGUACGACUAGGGGCUGGUGAGGAGGCACUCAAAUCACAAUUGAAAGAAGCACUAGAUGAAGUGGCUAGGGUGAAAAAGGAGAAUUUGAGGUUAAAAAGGGAGAUUGGAGGGUUGAAAGCGCAGCAGCUUGGUUUUGUCAACGGGGAUGCACCAAAGGGCGAGGAAUGA